AGAUCCAUCGCCGGGCUCUGGCCAUGUCCGAACAUGAGAUAGUUCCGGCGUUUGUCCGGUCGCGCGCGCCGGAGAUCCGGUGGCCGCCACAGCCGUGGGUUGUUCUGUACCGUGUCCCGCGAAGGGCGAACACGGAGAACUUCCCACCGGGAAAGGACAUAACACUCCUCCUAGCUAAACCCCCAUUGUCCUCUAUCGCCACCGUGCCCUGGCGCAUCGCCCCAGACGACAUCAGCCCCACCAAUUACCCAUAUAUCGUCGCCGCCGAUGCCUCCGGCUUUCUCCUACUCUACGCCACCCAGGGCCGUUCCAAGGAGCCAGCCGAUACCACUUUGUGUGACGCCCGGAUGGACUUGGUCCCGGCCUACUUUUUAUGCCAUGCGCACCGUAGCUCGGCCUCGCUCCUCCCCAAGCCGCCCUCCGGCAUGGUUUUUUUCCAUUUCCACAACGUCGGCCUCAUCGCCAACCCUCGGGCCGACGGCCACUUUCUGGUCGCCGAGCUCCAGCAUUUGAUGGGCACCCACCACGCCAGUCUCCUCUGUUACUCCACGAGCACUGAUAGCUGGUUCGCGAGGGAGUUUGCCUACCACCCGAACCACCCGAAGCGGCCCUAUGAUGGUGUCAUCUCCCACAAAAGAAAGCUCUGGUGGGUCGAUCUCGCUUACGGCCUUUUCACCUGUGACCCCUUCACGGAGCAACCGGAGCUUCUCUACAUUUCACUCCCUCUGGGCUGUGUGCAGCCUUCAGCCCGGAGCCAAGAUAUUGCCAAAAGACGCUGUGUGAACCUGAGCCAUGGGAAGCUGCGAUAUGUGCAGAUCGACGACUGUCCUGGGAAGGAGAAGGUGACCAUGUGGACGCUCCACAAUGCAGUCCACUGGAGGCUUGAGUAUGAGGCGAGCUUCACUGAAAUUUGGGCCGAUGCAAGCUAUAAGGCAAGUAGGCUACAAUGCAAGGUCCCUGCGCUCGCCUUUGUACAUCCCAGCAACCCCAAGGUUGUUUAUUUCUUCCAGGACUAUUUAAUUUUUUGUGCAAAUAUAUCAUCACGGAUGGUAAUGGAUGGAGAGUUCAUUUCCAUGACCUGCCCACCCAUAGGCGGCUAUUCCUCCUCUUCCGUCCUCGCUUGGGAGCUUCCAGCUUCACUUCAGCCAAAUGAUAAACCAUUUUUAGGUGGCCCAUCCUAUACUGAGGGGGUUGAUCAUCGCUCUGCCAAGCGUACAAUUGAUGCUCUGGAAAGGAGGCUUUCAGCCCAUGCUUCUGGUUUGUGGCAUUAAGUUAACCUACCACAGUUCUCCGAG